AUAUCGCGAGACCCGUUUCCCAUUUUCAUUUCCCUAUCUUUUGUUCGUAGAUAUCUCUUUUUGCCGCGACAAAUGCUACCAUCAUCCACUGUCCUAUCUCUCGCCGGAACCCGCGCCGGCGUUCCGGUGAGCUUUUCCGGCGAACUGGGUCACCUCGAAACCAAGUUUUCUUCAAGACCCAGAAAGGUUUUCAGCCGUUCGUGCAUAAAGGGGAUUCCCUUACAACAAAACACCAUCAAUGGUUUGAAUUCGAAGAACAGAAACUCACUUUCGAGCUUCGCAUUCGGUAAAAAAGCCGAAGACAGCUUUUUCUCGGAUGUAAAUGGAGACACCGAUGAAAUGUAUGAUGAAUUAAUUAAUAAUUAUGGAAAAGUGGUAUUUAGUAGAAAAGACAAAAAGCCUGCUAGCGCAGAGAUUGAUGAUGAUGCUGAAAGCCUGUCAUUUGCUGUGGAAUUGGCCACGGUUGCAAGUGAGGUUAAGGCAGGAGAUAUAAAGGUCUUGUUUGUGAAGCCACUUGUUUACUGGACUCGAUUUUUUAUCAUAGCUACAGCAUUUUCUCGUCCCCAAAUUGAUGCUAUCGGGUCCAGAAUUAGAGAUCGAGCUGAGAAGAAAUAUGGAAAAAUUCCAACCGGAGACACAAAACCCAACUCAUGGACUCUGUUGGACUUCGGUGAUGUGGUUGUCCACAUCUUCCUUCCCUCACAGAGAGCUUUCUACAAUUUGGAAGAGUUUUAUGGUAAUGCCACACAAGUAGAGCUGCCUUUUGAAAAUCAACCGCCACCAUAUCGCAUUUGACGGAGCCUUUGGUUUGUCGGUAAUGAAAAAUUCAAGAUGGUUUAGACAUAUGAUGACUAUCUUUGAGAAGGUCAUUAAUCACUGCCAGUCUUGGUUUGUUUACAUGAGUAUAUUGUAAACAUUCGAAUGUGCUUAUUAGCCCAAGACUUUGAGCUUUCUUUUAGCUGGGAUGAGAGUGGAGAAUCACUCAAUGGGAAGCGUGAAGGCACAAUUUCGUCGCAUUCAGAAAUUGUUUUCUGAACUUGUACAUUAGAGUGGUAAUUCCUCUAUAAAAAAAAACUGUUGCAAAUGGGAAUAGAGACGAUUGUAGUUGUCUGCCUUAUAUUUGAUUUCAACUAGUUUAAAAUUAGGUGGGGUUUGUGAAAUCUUGUAUUUUUUUUUUCUUCUAACAUUUCAAACGAGAAAGAGAACACAAGAAAGUUUAUGAUUUAGAGGAACUUUUUACUUUUUC